GAGCACCCUCUCAACUCAGUUCAAAAUUGAAAAAAAAAAGAAAAAAAAAGAGAAGAAAAAAAAACCCAUGGGUUGCGUAGCCGUAGCUUUCCCACCAUUUCCUUCUCUCCGAAGCCUCCUCCUCUCCGCUUCCUCCCGCGAAACCAAAUUCCAAAGCAUUUGAUCGAAUUUCUCCCAAACUUUUCCAGCGUUUUCAAUUUCGCCCCGAUUUCGGUUCGAAAACCCCUCGCGAAUUCAUUUCAAACUCGUCCGAGAGCGCAAUGGAGCACGUGUUCGCCGUCGACGAGAUCCCCGACCCGCUGUGGGCUCCGCCGCCGCCGGUGCAGCCGGCGGCGGCCGCCGGAGUAGAUGACGUCGGCGCGGUGAGCGGCGGCGGGUUGCUGGAGCGGUGCCCGUCGGGGUGGAACCUCGAGAGGUUUCUGGAGGAGCUCGACGGCGUCCCUGCACCGGCGGCGAGCCCGGACGGCGCGGCGAUUUACCCUAGCCCGAUGCCGGCGGCGGCGGCGGAGGCGGCGGCGCGCUGGAGUAGGGGCUACGGCGAUCGUGAGGCGGUGGGGGUGAUGCCCAUGCCCGCGGCCGCGCUUCCGGCGGCGCCGGCGAGCGCGGCGAUGGACCCCGUGGAGUACAACGCGAUGCUGAAGCGGAAGCUGGACGAGGACCUCGCCACCGUCGCCAUGUGGAGGGCCUCUGGUGCAAUACAUUCUGAGAGUCCUCUAGGCAAUAAAACAUCACUGAGUAUAGUUGGUUCCAUCCUGAGUUCACAGAAGUGCAUUGAAGGUAACGGGAUACUAGUGCAGACCAAGUUAAGUCCUGGCCCAAAUGGAGGAUCAGGCCCAUAUGUAAAUCAAAAUACAGAUGCUCAUGCCAAGCAAGCUACGAGUGGUUCCUCAAGGGAGCCAUCACCAUCAGAGGAUGAUGAUAUGGAAGGAGAUGCAGAGGCAAUGGGAAAUAUGAUCCUUGAUGAAGAAGAUAAAGUGAAGAAAAGGAAGGAAUCCAACCGGGAGUCAGCUAGACGCUCAAGAAGCAGAAAGGCAGCUCGCCUAAAAGACCUGGAGGAGCAGGUAUCACUAUUAAGGGUUGAAAACUCUUCUCUGUUGAGGCGUCUUGCUGAUGCAAAUCAGAAGUACAGUGCUGCUGCUAUUGACAAUAGGGUACUAAUGGCAGACAUUGAAGCCCUAAGAGCAAAGGUGAGGAUGGCAGAGGAGAGUGUGAAGAUGGUUACAGGGGCUAGACAACUUCACCAGGCCAUUCCUGACAUGCAAUCUCCCCUCAAUGUCAACUCUGAUGCUUCUGUGCCGAUCCAGAACAACAACCCAAUGAACUACUUCUCCAACGCUAACAAUGCCGGUGUUAACAGCUUCAUGCACCAGGUUUCUCCAGCGUUCCAGAUUGUGGAUUCUGUCGAGAAGAUUGACCCAACAGAUCCAGUGCAGCUGCAGCAGCAACAGAUGGCGAGCUUGCAGCAUCUUCAGAAUAGAGCUUGUGGUGGCGGCGCAAGUUCGAAUGAAUAUACAGCAUGGGGAUCGUCUCUGAUGGAUGCAAAUGAGCUUGUCAACAUGGAGCUUCAGUAGUAGGAGCAUAUCCUAACAACAUGAUGAGAGCAUUUGGAGGUGCAAAUUUGCAACCUGCAAAUGCUGUUUUGUAGUAGUAGUUGUUGUCGCUGUUUUUGUCUGAAACUGUAGUUUCUAUGGAUUUUGGACUUGCUGAGGAACAUCUGCGGCUGUUGUUGUUUCAAAUUGAGAAAAUGAGGGACAAUGGGACAUGGUGGUCUCCCUUAAUAUAGCGAAAAAUGGUUGGAAUA